AUGGCACAAGACGAUCCUGGGCGGCUAUUAGCACGUUAUGUGCGUCCUAUUUACGAAGCAAUUGAUACUCGACAGUAUAAAACAGCCAUGAAAUUAUGUCUACAUAAACGUAUUGCCCAUUUAGAUAUUGUACAAGUACUGAAAGCUCAUUGUCUUGAACGUACAGGACGAGUUGAAGACGCAUUAGAAAUCUGUCGUCGUAUUCAAGACAAGAAACCAACGGACGAGACGUUACUUCAUACAAUGAAUUUAGUAUUUAAACUGGCUCAGUGUGAAGCUGAAAUGCUACCAACUUUUGAGCACGCGUGUACUGUCAGUGAACCACCAAAUGAAGAGCUCUUCCAGUCGUUAUUUAUGACCUACGUACGACAUGGUGCGUUUCUAAAGCAACAACAGACAGCAUUCAAGAUGUUUAAAGCCUUUGGAAGGAUUCAAUACGUCUGUUGGGCUGCAGGAAGUAUGAUGCUUCAGGUAGAACUUGGACAGAUACCAACACGGAUGUUGGCAUUAGCAGAGAAGAUGAUGUUGAAAACAUUGAGAGAUUCAAGUGCAGAGUACGAUGGACAAGUAGUGCAGUUAACAGUACUGAUCAUGCAGUUACAGGACAAUCAUCAAGGUGCGCUGGAAGCGUUUGAUGAGCUUGUACAGAGACACGAUAACAUGGACGAGCAAAUGAAGAAACAUGUAGCUAUAGGACGAGCUGCAGAGGGUGAAGGAGCUGAUGAGGAGGAUAUUGAGCUUGGACCUAUGCAGGCUAUUGAUAGAUUGGCGCUGGAAGCGACGCUCGCGAAGAAUGUAGCGAAUUGGACUCGAUGUGCGGUAGUUCAUCGCAAGCUGCUGGAAGAAUAUAAUGCAGACGACUGGACGUUUUUGAAAGACUACAUUGCAGCACGGUUUAAUGAAAUGAUGGACUGCACAACGGCAGAACUGCUAUUGCUUGAAAACGAGUUGAUGGGAUUUAUGAAUGAGCUGCAGUCUUGUCCAAGCAAUGAGCGCAUUCGUGGACCUGCUCUUGCUCUUAUCCACAUCAGUGCAGAGACAUUGCGACGUUUAAAGUCGGGAGAUGCGGCUGUGUCGCAGGUGGAGACGAAGCUGCAAGAACUUAUUGUCGCCUAUGCGGACCGGUUUUACUCUAAAGCGUGUUGCUUUACUGAUUUGAAACAGUACUUCACUCUCUACUUGAAGGAUGGCACGUUAGUAUCAGCACCUGCGAAAGCCAACUUGAUUCAGCACUUCAGUAAACUGUCGGAGCAGUCUGCGGACUUGCUCAAGAACAAGCCAGCUGACGAUAAUGUCGAUGAAAGGACGCGCACAGUUGGGCAAGGUAACCUGAGUAAGCGGCUGCUUGCAUUGAAAGCACUUCGCUUUAUGGGCUACUAUGAGAAUCCGGACAAGUUUUCGGUUGACGAUUUGAAUCAUUUGGUGAAGGAGCUUGAAGAGGAGUAUGAAGCUACGAAUUGGCUCAAUAUCGGUAGUGCGGGUGGCCAGCGUGAGGUGCAGCUCACGGAUGACUUGCUGUUACUUGCGACACACUUUCUUUUGGAUAUUUAUCAGCGUUCCAGCGGACAUCGUGAAUACCUAGAGCGUGCCGCUGGACUCCUCGAAUAUGGGCUAGAGAAGAGUGCGUACAACUUCCAAAUGAAGCUUCUCCUGUCCCGAGUAUACGGCUACUUGGGUGCUGCAGAGGCUAUGCUAAACCGUCAUGUAGAAUUAGAUGUGAAGUACGUGCAGUUGGACUCAUUAUCGUUUUUGGUAUUGGACAAAAUGCUUGAGCUUUGCCAGUAUCCAGAAGCACAGAAACUGACGAACAAGAUUGCAGCUUUGCACCGCAGCACGGCAAAUGACACACCUGAGUACAUUGCACGUGCUUACCGACUUGGUGUCUACUCGAAGGUGAUUGACAUGUCUUUGUUCUUACAUAAGCGUAUGAAGAUGUCACACUCGCUGGCUAUUAGCAGAGGAGAGGUACUGCGUUUCCAGUUGCUUGAGUCGAUGACUGCUGGUCCUGCAAAGCUCUACGAACUUGUGACAUCUCCAAGUUUUGAUGCUCAGAUUAGUGAGUUAGAAGGCAUGUUGGUAUCGAAUGGUACCGAGCUGUCGCACAACCAGCACCGAGAGGUUAUCGUAGAUUGGACUUCGCAGCAGCAGGUCUCGACAGGCGACUAUUUUGCUCAAGACGACGCUCCACUUGUGGAAUGUGAUCGAUCAGCCAAUGCCAAUUCGUCACUACUGUGGCUAAAGCUUCGCGUACUGGUUCCAAAAGUGCUCAAGAGUCUUGCUGAAGAUGAUUGUUUGAAUUUAUCUUUAUUGACAAAGGAGUAUCGUGCUAUCGUGGCUCAGCUGCAUUUUACAGAUGUUACCGGUGAACGUCAGCUUCAUGUGAAACUUUGGGAAUGGAGUACAAAUGCGAUUGCCAUAUCAGCUCACAUUGUGAAUGCAGCAAAUGGCCAAAGCGAAGCAGGUGAAGAAGACCAGAUGGAUCUUCCUCGAGCGAUUGUAUUACUUCAAGACGACUUUGCAACAAUUGUCGAGCUUUUUCGUGCAAGACUCGUGUUUACUACUGGUGCUUCUUCUUCUUCUUGCGAUCCAAUGGCAUUGUCACCGUAUGGUGUAUCAACGUUAUCGUCAUUACUACUGGACUCUGGUCUCUCUUCGCUCAGUGCAUUGGCUCUUACGCAUCGAGCGUUGGGUAAGAAGAAGAGUAAAAAGAGUCAAGACCUGUCAGCUGCAGCAUCUUCGUUGCGCAAUCUAUUCAAGCACAUGCUCGAGUCAUUGAUGGAACUGAUGACGUAUGUUGCAAAACUCGAGUUCACGUCGCAUCACCUGUCCAAGACUUUGACAUUGCCAAAGGAUAUAGCACAGGAGAAGGCGUAUACAAACAUGGUAAAGUCCUAUCAGGUGCUUCAGAUGAGAUUGGUAGAGCUCUUGGGCGAACGCUGCGCAAGUAUCCGCGCUAUUUUGCAGAAAUAA